AUGACGACGCCUCUCGUGUGGAAGCCCUCGCCGGUGUCCAUGUCGCGCCACAACAUGCAGUUCGUCGGCUUCUUCACCGCCUUCGCGAUCCCGCUGGGCCUGUUCAUGUGGGGUGUUCGGGACCCCUCGAGCGUCGCGGAGGCAAGGAAGAGAGCCGAGCGGUGGCGAGCCUCGAGGUCGUAA